UAUUUAUUUUCAGUUUUUUCGGAAGCCGCUGAUGGAGGAGCAAGUCCAGUUUACUUCGACCCAAAUAAUUUGUUCCAAACUGCCGAAUCGGACUUUCCAGCGUUGACAAGCGUCGAAUAUGCCACAAGAACAGUUUAUGGCUUCUUGGACUUCACCACGACGAUGGGGAACACCGUCAUGAUUUUCAAACCGGGUUCUGAACCAGACGAGAGCACUCCGGAACUGACGAGCAGCAGCAGCAGUAUUAGCAGCAGCAGCAUCAUCAUCAGCAGCAGCAGCAGAAUUGCACCAAGCAAAACUCAGGCCCAUGUGGAAUCCUCGACUUAUUUCGAAGUCAUUGCUGCUUUGCCGGAAACAAUAACCCCAGCUUUGGAGCCAUCACAACUCAGGGAAGAAGAACCAGAGGAAGAAGAGAUUGUGUCGGAAGUUCUCCCGACGCCGUCGAAAAUCGACGUCAAGAAUUUGUUUGACGAAAUGAGAACUGUGGGACUUGAAGAAGAACCAGAGGAAGAAGAGAUUGUGUCGGAAGUUCUCCCGACGCCGUCGAAAAUCGACGUCAAGAAUUUGUUUGACGAAAUGAGAACUGUGGGACUUGAAGGAUUGUUUUCCGGGUUCGAUUUGGAACCAGUGAAGCCCAAGAAACAGGCGCCUAAUCCGGUCGUGAAACAACGCGUCGAAACCCGCGUCGAAGAAAACGUCAACACCGUGAACCCAGUCAAGCCUCAACCCAGGGUGUCGGUGUCGACGAAUAUCGUCAUCACUUCACCGAAACCCGCUGAGGUUUCUGUGAGUCCCUCGAAAUCCAAGCCUGCUUUCGCUUCCAGCCUGUUUGAGUUGGAAACCCUGGCCGAGGACUCGGUGCUGACCCCGGUUCACAAUGGACUCGUGUCGCAUCAUUAUGACUUCUACUAUUCAGAACCGAAGCUCAGCAUUGAAAAUAGCUUCAGGUCAGAGGAACGCCUCGUGACCCCGAGCAAACCCAAAGUGGAUGUCCAGUCAAAAGUCGACGUACGAGUGGAAGUGAAUGACGGGAAGCAAUCCCGGCGCAAACCCGACGUCUCCAUCAUUCCCCCGAUCCCCGAAAAGAAACCCAAAGCUGCCGUGUCCCUGCAACCCUCCAUCGACGCCACGUCCCUCGGGGUGCUCACCACCCUCGGCGGCACCACCGUCAUGACCGGCACCACCACUGUCCACGAAACCAAGGUCGUCGGCACCGUCAUGGACGGCGUCUACGCCCAAGUACUCCAGUCCACGUCCCACAUCUUCGUCGACAACGACGAGUACUUUUCCGCACCGAACCCGGGCCUCGGGGAAGCCGUGGUGGACGAAGUCAAGACUGUUCACUCGGUCAUCACUGGCGGGUCGACAACCGUCAUUGCUCCGGUCUUGGAGGGCACUGUGGACCCGGAAGUGUACAAUUUCCGGUCCAGGGCGCCGCAGUUGAUGGUCGACUACGAGGACUUCGAGGUGGAGCCCAACAAUGACGAGUUAUUCGUCAGCAAGUCGAAGAGGCCGAAGAUCGUGUCGACGCCCUUGUACGAACCUGCGGCCGUGAAUAAUAAACCGGAACAGCAGCAGCAGCAACAAAGAAGAGGACAACAGGGUAACGAGAAGAGACUCAAUGCUCAGGAAGAUCUUUUGACUCGCUUGAGAAAGAACAAACAGAAGUUCGAACGCCUCACUGCAGAACCCACUGCGCCGAAACCCGAGCGCCGCGCCUUCAAUCCCAGCAAACGCGGGUCACAGCAAGGACCAGCAGCACCACCACCACCACCAUCAGGGCGCCACAACCAAGGCCACCAUCACUCAGACAACACUGCCACCGUUUUAUACGCAGAACCCGCUCGUUACUCCAACGACUUCGACAACAAUCGAGAAGGUGGAGCCAAUGUUGCUCGUCGUCGGCAAACCCGGUACAGGAAGAAGAUCGGACCCGUUGCUCGUCCGAGUGAAGAAGUCGAUGAGAGCCCCGUGAUCAGAACUGCACCCAGACCAUUCAACUCUCGGCCACACAAAGUAGGAGGCAACAAUCAUGCUGCAAAAACUGUCAAGAUUCAGCCAACGUCGAGCAGUUCGAUUUACAGAUUCAAGUUGAACAGGCCCUCGGGCCGUUGGCGCUGGCAAGCGGCUGCCAAGCCCAAGAUCGUCAUCAAAUCCAGUGUCCAGGCAUCUUCGCCAAACCCGAGUGAAGAAGACCAAGGCGACCAGCAGAGCCCGGAAGACCACACGAUAGCAAACCCCGACUACUACAACGACAACGAAGAAGACCUGCAGACCCUCGAGGCCUCAAUCCCUGAACUAGAGACCCUCAACGUGGAAAUGAGCACUCCGGAGCCAUUCGAGAACACUUACUACGAAAUCGCCACCAUCAAGUCCCCCUACGUGUACCACGUCGGACAAGCCAAAACGACGCGCUACAUAAUGCUCACUUCCACCAUCGAACGCUUCAUCGACAGACGCGACACCAAUGCUCCCGACAUCGACCCUUCGUCACCCGACAGCGAGGAACUCAUCCAAAGCACACGACCCGCGUAUCACGAGAAUCUUAUCCUGGAUGACGAGAUCAUGACGCUGCCACCUAUCGGACUCGCCGGGGACUUACUCAUGCCCUUGUUGGAAACGAGGAUCGAGAGCUUCUCAACCAGCGAGCUCAUGUUGAAGACAACGGUGUUGCCGGUUGUGAAGGCAGAUGGCACCUCUUAUCACACGCUCACGCAGUCCUACUACAUCACGCGGGUCGUGACUGCGCUCAAAACGAUGCCGCCCAUGGACGCUUACAAGAUGUCGCACCCGCAUGACGACCUGGAGCAUUACAACGACGAUCACUUGGCCUUGUCGGGUUCCGAGGGUAAUGGGGUUCAAGUCGCUCUUCCCCCGGACUUUUUCGACGACCAGGACUUGGUUCUCGCCGGGGCCAAGUUCAAUCCCAAUGACAUGGAGAAGAAACUUCAUCCCGAGUAUUUAUCGUUCAGCAAGAACAGAAUUUCCCCAUCGCCCAGCAGUUUGGCGUCUGGGGAAAGAAGCACUGCUGCUCUUGGUGCAGGUUCUGCUGCUGAAGACCCGAGUCAUUUGCAACAGUUGGCGUAUCUCAAGUUUUUGAAUCCGUAUUUGAAUAUCGGCGGAGGAGCCGGGAAUGGUGGGAACAGAGUCAUCACCAACUCUGUGCCAGUGGUGAAGACUGAGACUUUGUACAAGACGGACGUUUUGCCCAUUUGGGACGGCGUGAACACGCAUUACAGUACCAUCACGCAUCCGAUUGGCACCACGGUGCGAACGGACUAUGAAUAUGUUACCACUGAGGUACCACAGGCUCCGUUUGCGGCGCCAUUCCAGCCGCCGAUCGCGCCGUUCGCAGCGACAGUGAGCACUCCAGUGACCCUGUCGACACGCCUGACGUCCACGUCGACGAAGGUCUACAAGAUCACCUUGCAAGCCAAGCCCAUCUUCACGACCAUCACGUCGACGCGGGUCUACGACACCGUCAUCACCACUUACACCACGUCCACGAUGCCCGCCCCGCCUGCGCUGCCAUACCUCCCAUUCCCGGGCUACUUCGGCUGAAAACCAACAAAAAUCACGAACCAAUAAGUUGAUUGAUUCCUCCUCAUUGAAACAAUCAAUCAGCUACCGGAUGUUGUCGUAAAGAGAAAGAAAGAAAGAAGAGAGAUUUCGGUUCAAUCCUCGCGCAAAAACAUCGCCGUUUCCCACCCGCCAAAAGAAAAGAAAAUUGAGGCGGCGAAAACGCGCCCUGAAAAAAAAAAAAUCUUCGGAAAUUCGUUCAAAAUCGUGUCUUGUGUUGUUUGUUAGGUUAAUCAGCGGAUUAGGAAACAAAAUUAUGAUCGAGGGCAAGCCAUCGAGCCAAUGAAUUAAGGUCCCGCCUUGGAUUCGUAGCUUUAUUUUUAGACUUAGAUUUUUCGACGCGUCGUUUUUUUUUUUCCACUUUCUGCGGAUUUUUUGUUAAUUUCUUCCUGUGCCUCUUGCUGAAAACUGGCCCCGGGGUCGAAAGAGGAGAAAAAAGUGAUGACAUUUUUUCCCUCGUCUGUAAAAAAAAUAGAGAAAGUAGCUUGAAAACGGCGUGACGAGGCCAGAAAGAGGCAUUUUGCAACUUAGUGUACCAAUCAUACCAUGUACUGUACUGUACUCGUAAUUGACUCCCAGUUACGUGCUCACGAGAACGCCGUCUUUGCAUGAAUCGAAUGCUCAAACCAUUCCUAUGGUAAUGACUAUAUACACUUUGAUGAUUAAAAAAACACAAUUUGAGAGAGAGAAAAAAGAAGAAAUUUGGUCGUUGGAGUUGUUUGUUAGGCUGACCUUAAAAACGAAGAAAGUUGUUGAUUUCUUUUGACCCAGAUUCAAAAAAAGUAUUUUUGUAUGAUGUGGAAUUUGGGCGAUGGAUAAUUUCUCUGCCACGAAAGAUUCUUCUUUUUUCGUUUCGAAGAGGAAAAAAAAGUGUUUUGCGAUUCCGUUUUAAUGGCUUCCAAUCUUGCGUAAAUGUGUGUUUCUGUCCGACGAUAUCUGCGUGACGAGGAGUGACAGACAAUUGCGGCGGCGUGUGUGAUUUUUGGAUACAAAUUAAAAAAGUGAGCGAAAAAA